CAGAGGCUCACAGAAGCCCCAUGGAGCGGGGAGCAGAUACCCUGCGGGAGAGCAGUCACUGUGGCUCGGGAGGGACAGAAACGCUCCAGAGCGAGACAUGCCUCGGGGGGGCGCAGGCAGGGAAGAUACCCUGCAAGGCACAGAUACUUCCAAGGUCACACGUGAUGGGGGGGCCAGACAUGCCUCGGGGACCACAGAUGCUCUGAGGAGGGGGUAAGAUACCCGCCUCACAGAUGACAGAUACCCCCACCCAUGGAUAACAGCUGCCCCCAAAGAAGCAGAUACCCCAUCAGGAUCACAGAUAGCUCCUCACUGGGGUCUCUGGUACCCGUGGGGCUCACAUACCCACCAUUAGUCAUAAAUACCCCAAGGGGGGCACAGAUAUUCCGUGGGGAUCACAAACACCCCCUGAUUUGGGUGACAGAACCUCCCCAUCGGGGUGACAGAUAACUUGGGGCUGCUCACGUACGCCCGGGCCGCCAUAGCGGCCCCAGACCCGGACGCGCGGGGGCCCAGCCCAUGGUCUGUCAAUCAGAUGGCGCCCCGCCCCCAGGCAGUGCUCUAGGCCACGCCCCCAUUCUCCCCUUGUGGGCCCGGUGCCGCCGGUCAUCGCCGCAUUCCCUCUGCGCAUGCUCCGUGCACUGUAACUGGUUCCGGGUCGGACUCCACUUCCGGCUCGGCGGCUGGUGCCGGCCUGGCGCUGCUCCCGGCGCUCCCGCCAUGUCCACGCUGUUCCCCUCACUCCUGCCCCGCCUCACCGAGUCCCUCUGGUUCAACCUCGACCGGCCGUGCGUUGACGAGACCGAGCUGCAGCAGCAGGAGCAGCAGCACCAGGCCUGGCUCCAGAGCAUUGCUGAGAAGGACAACAACUUGGUGCCCAUAGGAAAGCCAGCAUCCGAGGUGGGUGUGUGGACAGGGAAGGGGGGGGUUGCCACAGGGCUUGAGGGGCAGAUGGGGUUGCUGGAACUGUUGUGUCCACAGCACUAUGAUGAGGAGGAGGAGGAGGAUGAUGAAGAUGAUGAAGACAGCGAAGAGGACUCAGAAGAUGAUGAAGACAUGCAGGAUAUGGAUGAGAUGAAUGAUUAUAAUGAGUCUCCUGAUGAUGGGGAGAUCAAUGAGGUAAAUAGUGUGAGACCCCAAAGCAAGGGAUGUGAAGUGUGUGGGACCCUGAGCAUGAGCUCCAGGGGCUGUCUUCUCUCCUUCAUGUCCCCUAUUACGUCCUUGCUCUAGGGGAGAUCUCAAACCUCUUUCUUUCCCAGGUGGACAUGGAGGGGACAGAGCAGGAUCAGGACCAGUGGAUGAUCUGAUUCUGCCACAACCACACCAAACCAGAGGCUGGGGGAGAGCCUUUGCCCCCCCACAGCUCUGAGGGACAGUUCAGUGAAGCUCCUCCUGCCAUGGGUGCUGUGUGGGGCACGAGGUUCAGAGGGAAGCCCCCCAGGGGAGCCAGAGAGGAGACUGCCACCUGGCAUAUUGGAACUGACACAUCUUUUCUAAUAAACUCAGUUUUCAAGAAAACAA